CUACACACCGGCGCAAUGGACGUCCCUGUAAAACUCUUCGUGAUUAUGAUAAUAUGCGGUUUUAUCACGGAUGUUAUUUGUAACAAUAUGAUGCCCAAGCCAAAAAACUGCAAAAACAAAAUAAGCGAGAGGAAAUGCAAGCAAGUUCUUCAGAACAAAUAUAAAGGGAAAAUCUACGCCAUGUGUUUCGGAGAUAAAGCAGAGGACGAUUGUUGCGAGUUUUGCCUCAACAGACUUACGUGUGACAUCGACGAUCCAAACAAAGACGAUAUCAUAGAUAUGAAAAUCAAGUUUAUGUAUCUGACGGUCGACUGUAAGGAUACGAUGAGGUACUCUCAGUGUAUGGAUGUCCGGAACAAGGCUUAUAACAAAGACACAAAGGCGAUGUGUAAGGAUACGAAGUACGCCGGCAUGUGCUGCACGUUCUGCAAAAACGGAAUGGGCAAGAAUUGGGACAAUCUCUACAUUGAUGAGUGGCUAAAGCACCCUUACAAGCAAAUACAGAGUAUCCUGGAUGGUUAUAAAGGCUUCGACGGUUAUGGAGAAAAUGAUGGCGGCAAUGGUGGCGGCGGCAACGGUGGUGGAAAUGGCGGCGGCAAUGGUGGCGGCGGUAAUGGCGGCGGCAAUGGUGGCGGCGGUAAUGGCGGCGGCAAUGGCGGCGGCAAUGGCGGUGGCAAUGGCGGCGGCAAUGGUGGCGGCGGCAAUGGUAGUGGCGGUAAUGGCGGCGGCAAUGGCGGUGACAAUGGCGGCGGCAAUGGCGGUGGUAAUGGCGGCGGCAAUGGCGGUGGCAAUGGUGGCGGCAUUGGUGGUGGAAAUGGCGGCGGCAAUGGUGGCGGCGGUAAUGGCGGCGGUAAUGGCGGCAGCAAUGGCGGCGGUAAUGGUGGCGGCAAUGGUGGUGGUAAUGGCGGCGGUAAUGGUGGCGGCGGUUAUGGCGGCGGCAAUGGCGGCGGCAAUGGUGGCGGCAAUGGCGGCGGCAAUGGUGGCGGCGGUAAUGGCGGCGGCAAUGGUGGCGGCAAUGGCGGCGGUAAUGGUGGCGCCAACGGCGGUGGUAAUGGCGGCGGCAAUGGUGGCAGCGGUGGCUUUGACGAUAUCAUAGGCAAUAUUGUCAACGGCUUUGGUAACGAUGGUAAAGGCGACGAUGGAUUUGGCAAUGGAGUAAUAAAUAAUGUGCUCAAAAGAUUUGGCGGCAGUAUGGAUUUUCAAAGAGCGAAAUUUGAACCUAAUGGCAUGUCCAAUCAAUGGGCAAAGGAAAUCUUUGACAACGUGGAUUCCAAGAGUUUGAUUCAAGACAUGAACGUGAAUGACGCUCCUCUUCGUGAGAGGCGUGACAGCAGCGAAGGUGAAAACAUGAAGUGUGAAGAUAGAAUCGGCGAAUCGACGUGUCACAGAAUGAUGUUGAGUAAAUUUUACAAGCAUGGAGGGAUGCCACACAUUUUCUGUGCAAACCCCCACAACAUGGUUUCCUGUUGUCGGUAUUGUGCCUCCGCCGAAGCUAAGGCACUAGCCAAUAGAGAACGAAGAGACCUAGCUUACCAGGGUAAAGGUGAAUACCCCGAGGAUGGCGAAUUAGAACCCUGUAAGGAGGACAAGUUGUCACAGAGUGACUGCAGUCACAUUGUGUAUUCGGCGUUCAAGGGCAGCAAAAGAAAAAUGUGUUCCUCAAUUCACUUCGGAAACGUCUGCUGUCAUUCCUGCAAAAGAUACUACAAGUGAUAGGAUACCGAAAAAGAAUUUGCCUUUCUAACAACGUGCGAGUCCGACGAAAGAAUCCCACUCUAAAUUCGACUGUACGAGGAUGUUGGAAAUAAAACAUCGAGGCUCA